AUGCUGACCAACGGAGGCUUCCCUCUUGAUGAUCGAUAUAGACGCAUAUUUGAGGAUGAGAACCCAGCUCAGACAGAAAAGGAGAUUAAGGAUCUCCUUCAAAACAUUCGCCCAGAUGAGGAGUUCUCCGAAGAAGACCGUAUUGGUACACCUGAAGGGCUACGAUAUCCACUCUACACUCAUCAGCGGUUGGCCCUCCAAUGGAUGAUGAAGAUGGAAGAGGGCAGCAACAAAGGUGGCAUCUUAGCAGAUGACAUGGGCCUUGGCAAAACAAUAUCAACACUCGCCCUCCUACUUAAUCGACCCCCGUCUGAUAGAGUCAAGACAAAUCUUAUAGUAGGCCCUGUUGCUUUGAUUAAACAAUGGGAAAGUGAAAUCAGGAAGAAGAUCAAGCCUAAACAUAGCCUGAGCGUCUAUCUUUAUCAUGGCACUGGGAAAAAUACACCAUAUUCAGACCUACGCACCUACGAUGUUGUUCUGACGACAUACGGAAAGCUAGGCCAGCAAUUCAAACGUUAUGCGGAUUGGCAGCAGCAGCAUCCAGGUGCUGACCCCGCGGCUGAAGCCGACUUGGCAAAAAAGUAUCCUUUGGUCCAUCCUAAGUCCAGGUUCUACCGUGUGAUCUUGGACGAAGCUCAGUGCAUCAAGAACAAGGACACGCUAGGUGCAAAGGCAGCUUGCACCGUGAAUACUCAAUACCGCUGGUGUCUUACUGGCACGCCCAUGAUGAACGGUGUUCAGGAGUUAUACUCCCUGAUUCACUUCCUGAGAAUCAAGCCAUAUAAUAUACACAAGGAGUUCACCAAAACUUUCGGAAGUCUUGCCCCUAGCCGGGUCGGAAAAAAUUCUGGUGAAAUAUCGAGAGACGCGGCAAUGGGCAAACUUCGGGUCUUAUUAAAGGCUAUCAUGCUCCGCAGGAUGAAGAACUCGGAGAUAGAUGGCAAGCCGAUCUUGAAUUUGCCUGCCAAAACUGAAGAGGUUGUCCAUUCGGUCUUUUCAGAGGAUGAGCGUAGCUUUUACACUGAUCUUCAGACGAAAACACAAACGCAGUUCAACAAGUAUCUGCGAGCUGGCACGGUUGGCAAGAACUAUUCCAACGUUUUGGUUCUCCUACUGCGUCUUCGACAAGCCUGCUGUCAUCCUCAUCUCAAUCUUGACGUGGAAUAUGUAGCUAAUAGCGAGUUGACUGUUGACGACAUGGUGAAGCUGGCCAAGGAUUUAUCUCCCGCCGUUGUUACACGCUUGAAGGAAGUCGAGGCAUUUGAGUGUCCUAUCUGUUAUGACGCCGUCGCCGACCCAUCCAUCGUUAUACCCUGUGGUCAUGACACCUGUUCGGAGUGUUUGACAACGCUCACAGAGAGAUCGGCCGAGAACAAUCUCCGGGCUGGUGACGAAGGUAGUGGAGCGAAGUGUCCUCAAUGUCGUGGACCGAUCCACACCAACAAGAUCAUCAAUUACUCGACUUUCAAACAGGUCCAUAUGAGCACGCCAUCCGAAGAGGACGAGGAAGAAGAUGAUGAUGAUGAUGAUGAGACAGCCUCAGAUGACGACUCGACUGCCAGCGAGUCUGAAACCGACUCUGAAGACGAGGGUGAUAUCGAUCGGAAUGGGAAUCUCAAAGAUUUCAUUGUUAAUGACGAUGACAUUGAAACAGCUUCAGAAGCUGACGAUGACGAUGACGAUUUUGUGGCUGUGACUUCCAGAAAGAAGGAGAAGAAGCCAAAGAAGAGCAAAUCCAAGCGCAAGGGCAAGUCGAAGAGCCGCAAAGGAAAAGAGAAGGCCGAGGAAAUCAAGCCCCACAUGCUUAAGACGCUUCGUCUCGAAGCGAGGAAGAACAAGGAUGCAUAUCGUCGAUAUAUGCGCUACCUUCGCAAGAAUUGGCAGACUUCUGCAAAGGUUACCGAAUGCUGCGAGCUUCUCAAGAAGAUCCAGGAGACGGGCGAAAAAACAAUCGUUUUCUCCCAGUUCACUCUGCUGCUGGAUCUUCUCGAAAUCCCGAUAAAGCAUGAACUUGGUCUCAAGUAUGUCCGCUAUGACGGAGGCAUGUCGCGCAACCAGCGCGAUGUCGCUGCAACUGAUUUCCAGGAUCCAGCGUCUCGCACGAGUGUCAUGCUGGUUUCAUUGAAAGCUGGCAAUGCUGGUUUGAACCUGACUGCCGCGUCCCAUGUCAUCAUCAUGGACCCUUUCUGGAAUCCGUAUAUUGAGAUGCAAGCCGUUGAUCGAGCCCAUCGAAUCGGUCAACAGAAGCCGGUUCAAGUCCACCGCAUACUCAUUCAGGAGACCGUUGAGGAUCGUAUUGUCGAACUACAAGAGAAGAAGCGAGCACUUGUCGAUGCCGCGCUUGAUGAAGGCGAGAGCCGCAAUGUGGGCAGACUCACCACCCGCGAGCUCGCCUACCUUUUCGGUGUUUCCUCUCGCACCUAA